UGUAUUCUUCUUGUAAUCUAAAAUGUGAAAAUCUCACUAUUGCAAACAUAUUUUAAAAUAUCGUCAAAGAUGGAGUCUGAACCUGUGAACUACUUUAUGUAUUUACCAGACGAAUUGAUUUAUCUUAUAUUGGGUGAUAAAGUACUGAACAACACUGAUGUUCUCAACUUCGGGGCUACUUGCAAGAGCUAUCAUGAGCUGGUCCUAUCUGACCCGAGUCUUUGGAAACGAAAACUAAAAAACUCACUAAAACCUGAUGUGUUUGAAGUCAUUGAGCAGCAUUGUGAUGGGAACUGGCUCCAGCAAGCGACCAGCUACUACACUCUGAGGAAAACAUUACAUACUGAAAUAGCAAACAUGUCUCCUAAAUUCUUCUGGAGGCAAACUGAUAUAACAAUGGAUGAUAUGGCAGAUGUAAUCAAGUAUGCAUUGGUAAACAAUAUUAAUUACUACCUGUGCAUCUCCAUUCUCAGUGAGAUUGUGAGGAAGGAGCACAACAUUGUGGGCUGGAUCUGGAUUCCAGAGAAGCCAUACAGGUUAACUGAUGUCCACUAUGCCAAAAUAGUACUAAGAUAUCUGUUUCACAACUAUCUAAUGAUAAAAGAUGCCCAGAUGCAGAGAAUGAAUGAUUUGGCUCCAGAGAAAAUUCUCCACUUCUUUUUACAAUGGACUGACACCUCCAUGGUCUAUGAAUAUGAGGAAAUUGACAACAAGCUAACUGAGCUAGCAGAGCAAGUCCUUCAGUUGCUGGAGCCUACACACCCGGCGCGCCGCAGCGACCCCGCCGCGCGCGCCGCCUGGGCGCAGCACCUGGAAGACAACCAGUGGAACCCACAGGACAGCGGCAAGGUGCUAGCGGCGCUGGCGCAGCGGCUGUUCAAGGAGCGGCGCGUCUCAGUGGCCGACGGGGCCAACCUCGAGACGCUCAACAUCACGCGGACAAUAAAAACCGGUUGCGGCCACGCGGCGGCCGUCGCCAUCAUCUACUCCGGAGUCGCACGACGCUGCGGCGUACGGAUCGAACUGAUCGCCUUUCCUCACCAUCUCUAUCUCGAGUACCGAACCACCUACCACCCCCUAUCCACCCCCGCUUACGUCAUCAACUUGAACACCGGGGAUAUAGGGAAGAAGCAACAGUGCCCGUUCUCAAGUGGGGUGAAUGAUGGGGAUAUCAAGUAUAAUUCGAAGUCGCUGCUGGAUUACUUGGCGCGCGUGUUUAGGGAGAAUAUGGGCGCUAUACAGAAUUGUCCCUAUUCCAGUAACUCGGAGAACCUGGUUCUGCUGUCGCCGCUGCUGCCGGCGGGACAGGAGCGCGGCGAGUACCGGCCGCUGGCGCCGCUGGUGGCGAGGAGGAUAGCGGACCCCGCCCGCGCCAGCUUCGUGACCGAUGACUUGAUCAAUUUGAAGUCUGUAAGUGAUGCUUGGUUACAGAUGAACGAAUCGUACCGAGAGAUCAUAUGGAUGUUGACGAAUACCCAACAACACGACAACAAAAUAACAAGAAAACCAGUGGUUAAACAGCACUCGCAAAGCGGUCUCCUGUACUGCGUGGGCAUGGUGUGCUACCACCUGCAGUACGAGUACGUGGGCGUGGUCCGCGGCUGGGACGCGCGCUGCCAGGCGCCGCCCAUGUGGCAGGUAUACGGGCUCCUGUACUGCGUGGGCAUGGUGUGCUACCACCUGCAGUACGAGUACGUGGGCGUGGUCCGCGGCUGGGACGCGCGCUGCCAGGCGCCGCCCAUGUGCGGGCUCCUGUACUGCGUGGGCAUGGUGUGCUACCACCUGCAGUACGAGUACGUGGGCGUGGUCCGCGGCUGGGACGCGCGCUGCCAGGCGCCGCCCAUGUGCGGGCUCCUGUACUGCGUGGGCAUGGUGUGCUACCACCUGCAGUACGAGUACGUGGGCGUGGUCCGCGGCUGGGACGCGCGCUGCCAGGCGCCGCCCAUGUGCGGGCUCCUGUACUGCGUGGGCAUGGUGUGCUACCACCUGCAGUACGAGUACGUGGGCGUGGUCCGCGGCUGGGACGCGCGCUGCCAGGCGCCGCCCAUGUGGCAGACCACACAGCGGGCUCCUGUACUGCGUGGGCAUGGUGUGCUACCACCUGCAGUACGAGUACGUGGGCGUGGUCCGCGGCUGGGACGCGCGCUGCCAGGCGCCGCCCAUGUGGCAGGUAUAGUGAUGUGCUCGCAGUAUAGUGAUGUACCACACAGCGGGCUCCUGUACUGCGUGGGCAUGGUGUGCUACCACCUGCAGUACGAGUACGUGGGCGUGGUCCGCGGCUGGGACGCGCGCUGCCAGGCGCCGCCCAUGUGGCAGGAGCGCAUGCGCGUGCACGAGCUGGCGGCGGGCGCGCAGCAGCCCUUCUACAGCGUGCUCGCCGCCGACUACAGCAGCCGCUACGUGGCGCAAGAGAACCUGCGAGAAAUGGCCGAGCCGACCCGCCUGUACCACCUCGAAGAAAAACUCGCCCGGGACUUCAGCCACUUCGACGGGUUCGCGUAUGUGCCCAACGAGGAGAAGGAGAGCGAGUACCCGGGCGACGCGCCCGUGAGAGAGGCGUACCGGACGCAUCUGUCCCGGGUGCUGUACUAGCGAGGACAUGUUGUACUGGCGAGGAGAAGUUGUACUAGCGAGGACUAUGUUGUACUAGCGAGGACAAUGUUGUACUAGCGAGGACAAUGUUGUACUAGCGAGGAGAAGGAGCGCGAGUACCCGGGCGACGCGCCCGUGAGAGAGGCGUACCGCACGCACCUCUCCAGGGUGCUGUACUAGCGAGGACAAUGUUGUACUAGCGGGGACAUGUUGUACUAGCGAGGACAAUGUUGUACUAGCGAGGACUAUCAAGGAUAGUAAAGCGCGGGAGUCGCCACUUUGCACUGCUAGACGGGUGGGAAAACGGCUACUAAAGAAGCCCUUUGGAGGGAAAAGAUAGUGGCUGAUAUUGUAUUGUAAGCUGAAAAGGGUCUCAGUUAGUCAUAGACAAUUUCAUUUCUGUAACACUGUAUAAAACUAAGGCACAGAAGGAGCGAUCGGCUGACGAGCCAGCUAUCCUGUCAGUACUUAGAAAGACCAGAGAGGAAGAAUUCUUUUUCUAGCACCAUGUACACUGUGCAUUUAAAACCUGCUUUGCAGCUUAGAUCAUGGGUAUAUGUAUAAGUUAUGGGUACGUGGUAAUGUUAUAUGUGAUCAUGAAUUGCCUAGUGCAUAUAGUAUUAUAUUAGUUAUAAGUGUAGCGUAGAUUAGUCAAAUGUAUUGGUGUAAAAAGUUUAAAUAAGCACUUUAAUUAGAGCAGAACAU